UUGUUUGGAGACGGCCCAGUGAUUCGUGAGCUGAAUGAGUAUUACAGAGAGGGUAUGUUUUCUAAGACCGGCGCUGAGGGUUUUGGCACGGAGAGCUCUGGCCGCUUCAAGGGAAGAACCAAGAUAGGACACAGGGUCUUUGAAAACGCCGAGUUUAUUGCUUUUGAGCAGUGCGACAGCUCACUGGGAGAGUAUGUUAUGAAGCUCUUGAAAUUUCAGAGAAUGGCACAUGAAAACCAGUUUUUGAUUAACAUCCAAAGGAUAGGCAUUUCAUUUAAGGACGGUCUUCUUCAGUACUUCGUUCCCAGGAAAAGCUGUUUUGAAAUGGAGAUACUGUUCAGGUUUCUGUUUUCGAUAUCCUCUUCAAUACACUACCUGCAGAGGGCCAGGAGCUACAACUUUACAAGGGUUCUCUACCUGGUCUUUAUGAAGAUUAAGAGCGAGAACCUUGGCUUUCUGUCAGAGUUCUUCAGCGAAAAGUACAUUGAAGAAGCAGGCAGGCGUGUGGAGGAGCCUGGGCAUUCCUCCAGUGAGCUGCAUGGCUUUUCUGUUGAUGGAUUUCCAGAGCGCUUUUCGGCCAUUGUUUCGGAGCUUUUGAACAGGUUUUAUAUUACGAAUGAUGAGGUGUUCUCGAUUUGGGCGAGAAUGAUUGACAUAUGCCUGGAGUAUUUACAAAUUGAAUACAAGGACCACAUCAUCGCGUCAGAAUAUGAUCGGCAGGUCAGGAGCUGUGUGACGGACUUGAUCGACCAAAUAUCGAAGAAUUACGGGGAGUGCGAGUUUACAGAUUUCCUGAAAAAUUUGGAGGUAGAGAAAUACCUGUGA